UCAGCGCACAGCUCAGCGAGGGGGCUCUCAUCACACAUCGCAUAUAAAAUCCAAAUACCGCAUCACCACGCUUUAGCACCUCUUUGAUUUACACGUUCAAGAAGAAGCGUAAAAAACAAACAAAUACCUUUGCCUUUUUUGAUACAUUGGUCGGGACAGUGAUCUAAAAACGAUGUCUCCAUCUCUAAUUUUUUUCCUCUGCGGAACCUCCAUCUAACCAGGCAACAACUGCACUAUUUUAGGAUCCAUCAUCUCCAUCCGUAGUAAACACGCUGCUGAACACCUGGGUGAUAAAGGACGACAUUAUAACAGCUACUGAGUGAACCCAGCCGCUCUUGUGUUUCUCCAGGAUAUUCCCUUUUCCCAACAAACCACGGCAAUGUCCUUGGAGCAUGGCCUGGCUUUCUCACCAAUCCCAUCAUCCCGCAUCCUUUGAAUCCUAACGCAUCAGCGCUGCAGAUCUACACAAUAUCCCGCUUGGUUUUGCGCCCCCUCUUUGCUCUCGUUCUCUGUGUCCUGAUGGAUUGGAAGCGGCCCGAUCCCUCGUUCUGUUGACCCUCGGGGUGAGGGGGUUGAGUGGAGAGGACAGGAUUUCUCCAAAUACACUAGAAGUGUCCUGCCGUUGUUGUCCCGAUUUCCUCUGAUGGAGAGUUAGAAGAACUCCGGGGAGGGAGAGGAGUGGAGGAGCAAACUCAAAACCAAAAAACUCAAGCCAAGAAUCAUCACUAAUACUGACCUUGUGUUGCUGAAACCUCCUGGACGAGAAGAAGUCAUUUAGAUCAAACUUCGUGGACCCAACACCCUAAGAUUCAAGAUGUCCACCACAGCGACCAUGGGUGAGAUGGCGAAUAGCGCAGUGGAGUUUUACCCCAAGCGGGGUGGAGGAGGUGCAGAAGCCAACCAUGCUGGAGACUUUGGGGUGACGUUGGAGGAGCUCCGGUCCCUGAUGGAGCUGAGAGGAGCCGAGGCCUUGCAGAAAAUUCAGGACAGCUUUGGAGAUGUAGAAAGCCUAUGCCAGAGACUCAAGUCUUCCACCAGUGAUGGUUUGUCUGAUAACCCGACAGAUCUGGAGAAGCGCAGACAGGCAUUUGGACAAAACUUCAUACCCCCUAAAAAACCCAAGACCUUCCUUCAGCUGGUGUGGGAGGCAUUACAAGACGUCACCCUCAUCAUCCUGGAGAUUGCAGCCAUCAUCUCCCUCUGCCUGUCCUUCUAUCAGCCACCCGGACACGAGAGCGAGGGUUGUGGAAAUGGGUCAGGAGGAAGUGAAGAUGAGGGGGAGGCAGAGGCAGGAUGGAUCGAAGGUGCAGCCAUCCUACUCUCCGUCAUUUGCGUGGUGCUGGUGACGGCUUUCAAUGACUGGAGUAAAGAGAAACAGUUCCGGGGACUGCAGAGCCGCAUCGAGCUGGAGCAGCGAUUCGCUGUGGUGCGCAAUGGAAACGUCAUCCAGAUCCCCGUCGCUGAGAUGGUGGUUGGGGACAUGGCCCAGGUCAAAUACGGUGACCUCCUACCUGCUGAUGGGGUCCUGAUUCAGGGAAAUGACCUGAAAAUCGACGAGAGCUCUUUAACUGGUGAAUCAGAUCAUGUGCGGAAGUCGGUCGAAAAGGACCCCAUGCUUCUCUCUGGUACCCAUGUGAUGGAGGGAUCAGGCAGGAUGCUGGUGACCGCAGUUGGAGUCAACUCUCAGACUGGCAUCAUAUUCACUCUACUGGGAGCUGGGGAAGGGGAGGAGGAGAAGAAAGAAAAGAAAGGCAAGCAGCCAGAGGCAGCUGUGGAGACCAAUCAGAAUAAAGCCAAAAAGCAGGAUGGAGCGGUUGCCAUGGAGAUGCAGCCUCUGAAGAGUGCAGAGGGUGGAGAAGUGGAGGAGAAAGAGAAGAAAAAAACCAACGUGCCCAAGAAGGAGAAAUCUGUACUGCAGGGCAAACUCACCAAACUUGCUGUACAGAUUGGCAAAGCAGGUCUUGUAAUGUCAGCCAUUACAGUUAUCAUUCUGGUGCUGUACUUUGUGAUCGAGACAUUUGUGGUGGAGGGGCGGAGCUGGUUGCCUGAGUGCACGCCCAUCUACGUGCAGUAUUUUGUCAAAUUCUUUAUCAUCGGUGUGACUGUGCUGGUGGUAGCUGUGCCUGAGGGUCUUCCCCUUGCUGUUACCAUCUCCCUGGCCUAUUCAGUUAAGAAAAUGAUGAAGGACAAUAACCUAGUGCGUCACUUGGAUGCCUGUGAGACAAUGGGCAAUGCCACUGCCAUCUGCUCCGACAAGACCGGCACCCUCACCACCAACCGCAUGACUGUAGUGCAGUCCUACAUCAAUGACCAGCACUUCCGUGAGAUACCGGACCCCAGCCAGAUCCACCAUAACACCCUGGAGAUGAUUGUCAAUGCCAUAUCUAUCAACUGCGCCUAUACCUCCAAGAUCAUGCCACCGGAUGUGGAAGGUGGUCUGCCCAAGCAGGUUGGUAAUAAGACAGAGUGUGGUCUGCUGGGCUUUCUGCUGGACUUGAAGAGAGACUACGCCCCUGUAAGAGAGCAGAUCCCAGAGGAGAAGCUUUACAAAGUCUACACUUUCAACUCUGUACGCAAGUCCAUGAGCACUGUGGUGCAGAUGCCGGAUGGCAGUUUCCGGCUCUACAGCAAAGGAGCUUCUGAGAUCCUUCUGAAAAAGUGUUCCUCGAUACUUGGUGCCAAUGGUGAAGCACGAAACUUCAAGCCACGGGACCGAGAUGAGAUGGUGAAGAAAGUGAUCGAGCCCAUGGCGUGUGAAGGCCUGCGAACCAUCUGCAUCGCUUAUCGUGAUCUUCCCUGCAACCCCGAGCCUGACUGGGAUAAUGAAGCUGAAAUUGUCACCGAUCUGACCUGCAUCGCUGUCGUUGGGAUUGAGGAUCCCGUUCGACCUGAGGUACCUGAAGCCAUUUGCAAGUGUCAGAGGGCAGGCAUCACUGUGCGCAUGGUCACCGGCGACAACAUCAACACAGCACGAGCUAUUGCUGCCAAGUGUGGCAUCAUUCAGCCCGGGGAUGACUUUCUGUGCCUGGAGGGUAAAGACUUCAACCGAAGAAUCAGGAAUGAGAAAGGAGAGAUUGAUCAGGAGAGGAUUGAUAAGAUCUGGCCCAAGCUCAGAGUCCUUGCACGUUCCUCCCCCACGGACAAACACACUCUCGUAAAAGGCAUCAUUGACAGCACUGUGCUGGAGCAGAGACAGGUGGUGGCCGUAACUGGUGAUGGGACCAAUGACGGGCCGGCUCUCAAGAAGGCAGAUGUGGGCUUUGCGAUGGGUAUAGCAGGCACUGAUGUAGCUAAAGAAGCCUCGGACAUCAUUCUGACCGAUGAUAACUUCUCCAGCAUUGUGAAGGCUGUCAUGUGGGGGAGAAAUGUGUAUGACAGCAUCUCCAAGUUCCUGCAGUUUCAGCUUACUGUCAAUGUAGUGGCCGUCACGGUAGCUUUCACCGGGGCCUGCAUUACACAGGACUCUCCACUAAAAGCAGUACAGAUGUUGUGGGUUAAUCUGAUCAUGGACACAUUUGCCUCUUUGGCUCUUGCCACUGAGCCACCAACUGAAGCUCUGCUGCUUAGGAAACCCUACGGCCGCAACAACCCCCUCAUCUCGCUCACAAUGAUGAAGAACAUCCUGGGUCAUGGAGUCUAUCAGCUCAUCAUCAUCUUCACCCUGCUGUUUGUUGGAGAGAAAAUCUUCAACAUCGACAGCGGCCGUAACGCCCCCUUACACUCCCCCCCGUCUGAACACUACACCAUCAUCUUCAACACCUUUGUCCUGAUGCAGCUCUUCAACGAGAUCAACGCUCGCAAAAUUCACGGCGAAAGGAACGUGUUCGACGGCAUCUUUGGGAACCCUAUCUUCUGCAGCAUUGUUCUGGGAACAUUUGGAGUGCAGAUUGUGAUUGUGCAGUUUGGGGGCAAGCCCUUCAGCUGUGCCCCUCUCAAUGUGGAGCAAUGGCUGUGGUGCCUCUUUGUGGGAGUUGGAGAAUUGCUGUGGGGUCAGGUGAUAGCCACAGUGCCCACUAGUCACCUGAAGUGUCUGAAGGAGGCAGGCCAUGGGCCAGGGACAGACGAGAUGACGGAGGACGAGCUGGCCGACGAUGAGGAGGAGAUAGACCACGCUGAGAGAGAGCUACGCAGGGGACAGAUCCUCUGGUUCAGAGGCCUUAACCGUAUCCAGACUCAGAUGGAGGUAGUGAGUACGUUCAAGAGAAGUGGUUCGUUUCAGGGUGCAGUGAGACGUCGAUCCUCAGUGCUCAGCCAGCUCCAUGACAUGCAGGUGGUGAAAGCAUUCCGUAGCUCCCUUUACGACGGAAUCGAGAAACCCGCUUCCAGGAAUUCCAUCCACAACUUCAUGGCACACCCCGAGUUUCUCAUCAACGACUUCAUCCACAACAUCCCGCUGAUCGACGACACCGACAUUGACGACGAAUCGGAGUGGUCGAGGCACAGCCACCACUUGCAUCCGGCCUUCCGAAAGCCCCCUCCUCCUCCGGUCCAGCAUCCGCAGCGUUCCCGCCCACCGCCCCGUCCCUACCGCCAGUACAGCCUCCCCACCACGCCUAACCGCAACAACAAUGCCAUCGAGAGUGGCGUCUACCACCUGAACCUCCCCACAGGCCCAGACGGGCACUGGACAACCCCCUCUCGACAGCUGUACCCCCUCCUCGCCCUGGAGACCUCUCUAUGACUAACUGCGCUCCAGAGGAUAAGACCCUAAGAACUUUGAGGAUGUGGACCUGUGCGGGUCAGGCUGGCGGGGGAGGCUCCUACAGAUACGUGGUAGGUGGUUGACCCCCAAUACUAAGGCAGGGUCGUCCCAUUACAAUCAUUCGCCCACUACCACCAUCCACCGAAAGCACUAUCACCCCUCAUGUCUCAACAACAGCCCUACAGACACCUCUCCUCUUACUGUGUGGAGAGGAGGCCAGUCUGUUGCGUGUCUGUGGUUCCUUUGGAUGGACCUGAGAAGGUGAGGAAUCCAGACCCGAUGGAUUUUAGUGGCUCUUUAGUGCUGGUGACUAUUGACUUCUCAGAAUGCAAAGGAAUAUGUUCCCUACGGGUGGAGUAGGGGUCCAUUCACUUUACUUUUUAUCGGUGUUACUAAACUCAAUAUAAUUAUUAUCAUGUUUGACUUCUUACUAUUGCCACCGUCAUCCCGAGUGCUCGGAUUAU